AUGCGCGUCUUUAAGGCUUUACGAAGGUCGAUCAAAGGGGAGAAGGAAAACAAGCCGCACAUCAGCAUUGCUCCAAAAUCUGCUGUUGCAAUUGUUCCUCCUAAAAAGGUUAUUCGUGCGCUUUACGACUACGAAGCGCAAACUGCUCAGGAGCUGAGCUUUUCACGGGGCGACUUCUUCCAUGUCAUCGGUCGCGAAAACGACCAGGAUUGGUACGAGGCCUGCAAUCCCGCCCUGCCCGAUGCCCGAGGCCUAGUUCCCGUCGCCUUUUUCCAGGCUCUUGGGAGGACAGAGCGCGACAGUGGCCAGUCCCAGCCGCCAGACAGCGCGCGCUCGAUAGCCGCCAAGCAUCCCGACCACGACUCCGGGUACCACGACGCGACGACGCCCAGCCAGAGGAGCUCCAAGACUGGCAGCAAGUCGGGCGCCAUGGUGUACGGCGUCGUCAUGUACGACUUCCAGGCGGAGAGGGCAGACGAGCUCGAGGCCAAGGCAGGCGAAGCCAUUAUUGUCAUCGCCCAGUCCAACCCCGAGUGGUUUGUUGCAAAGCCGAUUGGAAGACUCGGCGGCCCAGGCUUGAUUCCCGUGUCCUUUGUCGAGAUCCGAGACAUGGCGAGCAACACCCCCGUCGCGAACCCGCAAGAAGCUGUGCGGAGGGCGGGUAUCCCCCGCGUCGAAGAGUGGAAGAAGAUGGCUGCAGACUAUAAGAAUUCGAGCAUCACACUUGGCAAGUUCGAAGCCGCCCAACAGCAACCCAUUGAGCAGGGGAUGGAACGUAUGAGCCUUCAACAGGCGAAUGGCCGCAUGAGCCAGCCGAACGGCGUCAACAUGCAGCAGCCGCAACAACAAUCAGGGUUCAACACACAACGGAACACUGUUCAGCAAAACGCUUACGCAGCCAAGUCGAGCUCGCAGCUCUACGCACCCACUUCCGCUCGGAUACCAAGGUACUGCUUCGCAGAGGAGAAGUACUGGUUUGUUGUCGAAGCCAUACUGGAGGACGGCAGGACAUGGGAAUUGUCCCGGUAUUACGAAGACUUCUACGACUUCCAGAUUGCGCUCCUCACAGAGUUCCCCAUCGAAGCUGGGACAACAGGAGGCAAGCAACGGACGCUCCCUUAUAUGCCCGGUCCCGUUAAUUACGUAACCGAUGCUAUCACGGAAGGCCGACGACACAACCUAGACGCUUAUGUUAAGAAUCUCCUCGCACAGCCCCCAUACAUUUCGAAGUGCAACUUGGUCAAGCAGUUCUUCGCGCCGAGGGAGGGUGACUACGAAAUAGACCCGAAUACAGCCGGCGAUGAUUACCGCUUGUCAGGGGGGUCGCAGCCGUCGUCAACCGACUCGCCUGCCGAUGGGGCGUCGCGCCAAUCGUCGAGACAGAACCUCAACGGCAACGGCAACGGCUAUUCCGGGCUAUCUGCCCCCACGCGGCAGAUGAGCGGGAGUAAUGGCCAGCCGCCCAUGAUUCGUCAGACGUCGUCUCUGUCCCCGCCGUCUCAAACCUCACUCUCGCCGGGCGUCCAACAAACCCCGGCUCAGAUGAAAGUUAAGCUGAACUAUAAUGGCGACAUUGUCGCUAUUAAAGUACCAACCGACAUCCUGUUCCGAGGCCUCUACGACAGAAUUGUGGAGCGCCUCAAGAUCCCGCAGGGCGAGCAGAUCCAGCUGUCCUACAGAGACGAGCCCACUGGCGACAAACCGCCCCUGAUGAGCAACAAUGAUCUCGAUGUCGCAUUACAAAGAAACGAUAAAUUGACGUUGUUUGUCGACUAG